AAAGUCCGUCACAUGUUCGAGCGAUUGAACUGCCCUCAGCCCUUCUUUCUGGUUUCUUGAUGUAUUGCGCGUUCGGUUUUCUUUUAUCGGAGCGCUGCUUUUAAAUUCGGGAUGUACUGUUUUAUGAGUGCCAAGGGCAAGCCGGGUCUUCGCCGAGGGAAGUCCCCGUCGGCCGCGGCGCCGAGCGCCCGGGCGGUCGUGGGGAUGCGGCGCGUGCCGCCUUGUGCUCGGUCCAAGUCGUCGAGUGCUCAGUCGCGCGAAGUCGACCACGCCGACGUGGUGAUCGUCGGCGCGGGCCCGGCGGGCCUGUCGGCAUCGAUAAGAAUUAAACAGCUUUGCAGAGAGAGGGGGAAGGACCUUCGAGUGUGCGUGCUCGAGAAGGGCUCCCAGGUUGGUUCGCAUUGCCUUUCGGGAGCCGUGCUAGACCCUGUGGCCCUGAAUGAGCUUUUUCCGAAUUGGAAAGAUAUGGGCGCCCCGCUGGUCUCUCCCGUUGUCCAAGAUCGGUUUUUCUGGCUCACGUCCUCCCGCGCUAUUCCGCUCCCGGUUAUCACCGCGCAGAAAAACCACGGAAACUACGUCAUUUCGAUAGCGGAGCUAACAAGGUGGCUCGCCAGGCAGGCGGAAGAAUUGGACGUCGAGAUUUAUCCGGGCUUUCCCGCGUCAGGACUGCUCUACAACGAGGCCGGACAGGUGGUCGGCGUCGUCACCGGAGAUCAAGGCAUAGACAGACACGGCAAUCGGACGUCUGAGUUUCAGCCUGGAAUGGAGCUGCGAGCUCCAAUUACCCUGUUGGCCGAGGGAGCCAGAGGAUCUCUGUCCAAAGAGGCCGUGCGCAAGUUCGGACUCGCCGAAAAACCGGUACAACAUCAAACGUACGGCUUGGGCCUCAAAGAACUCUGGGAAGUCCAGCCGUCUAAAUUUAAGCAAGGGCUCGUCACCCACACCAUGGGUUGGCCCAUGAAUCUGGAAACUUGGGCCGGAUCGUUCGUCUAUCACUGGCGCGACAACCUCGUCAGCCUCGGGUACGUGGUCGCCCUCGACUACAAAAAUCCGUAUUUGUCUCCUUAUCAGGAGUUCCAACGCUGGAAGCAGCACCCGUCCGUCAGAUCUCUGCUCGAGCGGGGCCGAUGUGUCGAGUACGGCGCUCGCGCGCUCAAUGAAGGCGGAUUUCAAAGUAUCCCAAGGCUCACUUUUCCCGGCGGUGCGCUGAUCGGGUGCGCAGCCGGAUUCUUGAACGUCCCGAGAAUCAAAGGCAACCACACCGCGAUGAAGAGCGGCAUGGUGGCAGCCGAAGCCGUAUUCAACGCGCUGUCCAAAAGCGCAGACGAAGGCCAGCAACUCUCGGAAUACCCAGAACUGCUUCGAAACUCUUGGGUACACCAAGAACUCUACCGAUAUCGUAACGUUCGCCCCUCGUUCCGGUACGGCAUCCUCCCGGGAAUCCUCUACACCGGCCUUGACUGGCUCAUCUUGAAAGGACGCGAGCCCUGGACCCUCUCGCACGGCACUCCCGACCACGCCAAGACGAAAAAGGCAGCAAACUGUCGACCCAUCUUGUACCCAAAACCUGACAACACCAUCUCUUUCGACCUGCUCACCAACUUGCAGCGCAGCGGCACCAACCACAACGAAAACCAGCCCCCUCACUUGAAAAUACUAAACAAAGAAACGCCUCUCCAAGUCAACUACAAGGACUACGCGGGGCUAGAAUCUCGGUACUGCCCCGCCGGUGUGUACGAAUACAUCGACACUCCCACGCCUCAAGGAACAAAACCUCGAUUCCAAAUCAACGCCCAGAACUGUCUGCACUGCAAGACCUGCGACAUAAAAGACCCCACUCAAAACAUCAAGUGGGUCCCUCCGGAGGGCGGAGGCGGACCCAACUACGCGAAUCUAUAAAAUGUACGCAUCUAUUUUUUGGCAUUCGACCAAUUUGCAUAUACGAAUUUAUAAAAUCAUAGUUUUGCUCUGA